AACCACAUGCCCCCACAAGUCCUCUUAAAAGGCUGUGCCGAGGAGCUGGCCAGUGGAGACCGGCUGGUGGAAAGUGAAAGUUGCCUGGGUGCUCUCGGCGCCGCCGCCCGCUUUCCGCACCCCCGGGACUGCAGCGCGGCCCUCGGCCGGGGCGCGGGCUCUGCGGCGGCCAGCGAGCGAGCGAGCGAGGGCGGCCGACGCGCCCGGCCGGGACCCAGCUGCCCGUAUGACCGCGCGGGGCGCCGCCGGGCGCUGCCCUCCCACGACAUGGCUGAGCCGCCUGCUGCUGCUGGUCUGUCUCCUGGUGAGCAGGAGUAUUACCGAGGAGGUGUCAGAGCGCUGUAGCCACAUGAUUGGGAACGGACACCUGCAGUUCCUGCAGCAGCUGAUUGACAGUCAGAUGGAGACUUCGUGCCAAAUUGCCUUUGAGUUUGUAGACCAGGAGCAGUUGAAAGAUCCCGUGUGCUACCUUAAGAAGGCCUUUCUCCUAGUGCAAGACAUAAUGGAGGACACCAUGCGCUUCAAAGACAAUACUCCCAAUGCCAAUGUCAUUGUGACGCUCCAGGAACUCUCUCUGAGGCUAAGCAGCUGCUUCACCAAGGACUAUGAAGAGCAGGACAAGGCCUGUGUACGAACUUUCCAUGAGACACCCCUCCAGUUGCUGGAAAAGAUCAAGAAUGUCUUUAAUGAAACAAAGAAUCUCCUUAAAAAGGACUGGAACGUUUUCAGCAAGAACUGCAACAAGAGCUUUGAGAAAUGCUCCAGCCAAGAUGUGGUGACCAAGCCUGAUUGCAACUGCCUGUACCCCAAAGCCACCCCUACCAGUGACCUGGCCUCUGUCUCCCCUCAGCAGCCCCUUGCCCCCUCCACGGCCCCCAUGGCUGGCUUGACCCGGGCUGACUCUGAGGGGACAGAGGGCGGCUCCCUCUUGCCCAGUGAGCUGCCCCUCCGCACAGUGGACCUGGACCCGGGCACUGCCAAGCAGCGACCACCCAGGAGCACCUGCCAGAGCUUUGACUCUCCAGAGCCCCCGGGUGUAGAGGCCAGUCCUAUCGGAGACUCACCUCAGCCCCAGUCCUCUGCCGGGGCCCCCACCCCUGGGAUGGAGCACAUUCUUGACUCUGUGUUAGGCACUAACUGGACCCUAGAAGAGGCCUCCGGAGAGGCUAGUGAGGGUCCCGUACCCCAAGGGGCAGAGCUUUCCUCCUCCAGGCCAGGAGGAGGCAGCAUCCAGGCCAAGAUGACCGCCAGGCCCAGUGACCUCUUGUCAGCAUCUUUUCCAUUGUCCUACUCAGCCAGGAGCCAGCAGCCAGAGGACAUGACUAGCAUACCCCUGCCCACGGUGGGCCCUGCGAGACCCACUGGCCAGGCCCAGAGUCAUACACCUGAGAAGACAGACCGUCCAUCUGCCAAGCCCAGAGACCACCAGGAGCCAGGCUCUGCCAGGACCCCGUCGCGGCCCCCACGAAGCCUCAGCAGUCUCAGGACCCCGUCACGGCCUCCACGAAGCCCCGGCAGUCCCUCGGCCCUCUCUGCACAGCCAGGUCUUCCCGGAAGCCACUCCUGGGGCCAUGUGCUGCCCCUCAGGGAGUUGGAGGGCAGAAGGAGCACCAGGGAUCGGAGGAGCCCCACAGAGCUGGAAGGACAAGCAAGUGAGGGGCACAGGCCCUCAGCCCGCUUUAAUUCCGUUCCUUUGACUGACACAGGCCAUGACAGGCAGCAGGAGGGACCCUCAGACCCUCAGCUCCCCGGGUUUGUCUUCCGCCUGCUGGUGCCCAGCAUCAUCCUGGUCCUGCUGGCUGUCGGCGGCCUCCUGUUCUACAGGCAGAGAUGGCGGAGCCAUCGAGAGCCUCAGACAGUGGAUUCUCCCAUGGAGCGACCAGAGGGCAGCCCCCUGACCCAGGAUGAGGACAGACAGGUGGAGCUCCCAGUAUAGAGGGGUUUCUAAGUCUUUGCUGCCACCUUCCAUCCCAGAGCAACCAAAAUCUUCUUGUACGUGGUCUUUACCCUCCCGGGGAAUUUGCACCGCCAACCACUUCAAACCCAACGUUCUCAGCUUGGCACCUCUUGCCAGGUUUCUAUCUGUCUGCACCCUAUUUGACCCUUCUCCGCAGCCGAGCUCAUUUCUACGUCCCUGCUUUUAGAUUCAUGGACCCCCAGAACCUUAGUCUUAGAAAGGCUUGUGGAGGUCAUUUGGCCAGUGUCCCACCCGACAGAGGCGUCCCCUUUCUGCAUCCCCGACAGGGGGUCAGCCAGCUGCUGGUCCCAUAUUCCCUUUCCCAGGCAAGCUCCCUGCCAUCUCCCAGGAGCGCCGCGAGGAAAUCCUGCCUCGAAUGAGCUUCCCUGCCUGCUCCACGAUGGUCCUCCCUCCUGUUCUCACGAGAGCCCUCCCAGUGUCUCAAGUCAGUUAUCCAGGCCCCCUUUAAGAAUUCUGUAAGCUAAGUGUGGCACAAGUCCCUCAAACAUUCCUCGUAUGGUAGGGUUUUCAGACCCCUCACCACCCUGGUCGCCCUCCUUUGGACACACUCGUUUGUCAAUGUCCCUCUGAAAAUGUGGCACCCAGCCCUGGACACAGUGCUCCAGAUGUUGUCUGACCAGCUCAAAGUACAGCGGGACUGUUAACCUUCCUUGAUCUGGACACUUCUUUUCGCGCAGACUCAGAUUGCAUUAGUGUUUCUGCCCAUCACCAGUGCCCACUGCAAUCGUUUCAAGUCCUAAUGCUGUCUUCAUAGUCCUCCCAAAUGUGUCUCCUGCACACUGAUGAGCGCCUUCUAUUGUCCUCGCCCACGCUGUUGGUAAAGAUGUGACCCUUAUCCUUCCUCACCCCCGGCUCCCCGAUUCCAGGCAGCGCCCCCACCUCCCGUUCUUCCUGAUUGUCUCCACCGCCCGCUGACUGCCUUCAGGUCCUCCCCCUCCGCUCUUUGGUAUUUGGUUAAUCCUGUAUCAAUUGGCACUUACUUGGAUGUUGUUUUCAUACACUUUGAAAUCUUAUUUUAUGUGUACAUGUACGUUCCGCAUCCCUAAGAAGGCUGUAAGCCCCUUGAGGGCAGGGACUGUGUCUUCCACUUUCUUUGCGUUUCUUUUUCUACUACAGCAAGGGCUCCUCCACAUCUGCCAAGAACUCAAUAAAUAACUGACUGGCUUCACAGUUGACUGACCACCUGACCCUGGCCAGGCUCUAACCGACCAGCCUUCCGGAUGACCGGUUAACCAGCUAACUAAUCAACUCUGUCUGCCUGGCUGACCAGCUGGCUAGGUGACUUUGACUGAUCGACUGACUAGCUGGGAACUGCUUAAACUGAGCUGUCUGCCUAACUAACUAGCUGGCUAAUGGCCUGACUUGCUGAUUGGCUCGCUGGCUGGCUAGUUAGGGUAACCCAUUCAAUUUUCCAGUCACACCCCAUGGCACAUACACGUGAGCGCCUUAGGACCUUCCCAUGGGUACGGUGACAGGUCUGGGCCACUCCUCGCAGAAAAGGAAUCUAAGGAAUACUCAGAAUCGAGGGAGCCUAUUUAGAAGAGAGCACGAGGGAGCGUAUCUGGAAUCCUGGGGUCCCCCCUUCUCGGCGGGGUGGGCUAAGAUGGGUCAGCGGGUCAGGUGGGACACUGGCAGGGCUGUGAGGAUGACCCAGACUCCCUUGAGACUGGGAAAGCAGAGGAGGGAUCAAGGUCCCUGGGGACUCCGUGGCUCAGUGCUGCACCACCCUCUGACUGGUUGCCAGCCUCCCCCCUUGGUCUUGGCCCUCUGCCCCAUCUCUUCUACACCCCUGCUCUGCUUUCCCUGCCUCCCUGUUCUCAGGCUCUGCCCAACUUUCCUCUUCCUCCCCUCUAGAUUUCACUUAGAAAGGGAAUCCAGGGCAGGAACCACACCCCAGAUUCCUGACCCCACCACUUGGAUCAGUAGGUCCAGCCCCAGGAGCCUCAGGAGAUCCAGGGCGAACCCCUAGCCUACCUGCCACUCUGACGAGAGAGAGAAAACACAGAGGCAGAGAGACGGAUAGACGGAUGCUCAGAAGAAGACACAGGCACUCUAAGGAAUCAGGGCAUAUGGGCAGCAGACUCACCCACUUGGUCCUUCUUCUCUCCUAGCCCCAGCCAGGUCUGAGACCCCGCUGUGCCCAGCAUGGCUCAUGUCCAAUUUCUGGUUCUCCCUUCUUCCCCCUCCACAGCACGGGAAUGGGCUGGAAGCCAGAAGCUAUGGUCCCAUCUGCCCUCCUUGUCCGUCACGGACUUUGCCAUCGGGUCUGUGGAUGGUCAGGGAGGGAAGCCCCGCACAGGAUCCCAAGUUGGAUGGAGCCCAGGGGAUUUCUGCUCCGGGAACAAAGCAUUCUGAGCAUGCUGGGCAAGGGACAAGGAUGGGGGUGGGGUUGGAGAGAGCAAGGCCCUGACUCCCAUGGAUGAUCCAGGGAGGCAAGUCCCUUGGCCCGUCAGGAAGGAGGCGGGGUUACUUAGGGGAUAGCACGCCAAGUGGCAGGGUGGAAGUUUCCUUGUUCCGAAACUGCCUCUACUUCUUCCUCUUGGUUACCUAUGACCUGCUGUCCCGAGUAUCGAGUAACGUGCGCGAUGACCGUCUGUGAUGAAUGGUGUGGAGGUGGGAAUGAGAAAUUCUUCUUUGCUAGAGUUAGCAGGAAUCGUUGGUUCAUUGGCCCAAGGCCAGGGAGGUGGUCUUGCCCGAGGGGAAGUCUAAGGACACUCAAGUGCCCCCCCCCCACCUCCCUGUUAGACUCCUCCACUUGAGCAGCUGCCAACCCCCUCUCCUGGCCCUGCUCAGGCCUCUACCCGGCCCCGUUACCAUCCCCUGCGGUCGCUAGUUCCCCAGAAGGAGGUAGGAGGUGAGGCCAGUCUGGCCAGAGGCUUGGACUGCUGCCAGGAAAAGCCGCCUGGUCCUUUGCGGUGUCUGGGGUGGCUGGGAAGGCGAGGGAGAGGACCAGAGGAAGUCCUGCCUGUAGCACCACCUACAGCCCACAGGAACGCUGUCUCCCCCACCCAUGUCCUCAGCGACCCCUCCCUUCACUCCCACUCGGCUGACCAGCCUUUCUUUCUC